AUGACAGCAUUGCAAAACCAAUCACGCACUAUUACGUUAAUACGCGUGAUUGACAUACCAUCACAAUCACCUCCACCGUCAAGAUUAGAACACGAAUCAAUCUUCAGUGGCAGUAGUCUGCUUUUCCGCUCCAACAGCAACAAUGUGAAGGAAUCAGAGCUCCCCAAAACAGAGUCCCCAAAAACAGAGACUCCAAAAACAGAUUCCCCUGUUUUCAAUCCAGAAAAAGAGCUAGAGCCAACUUUUGUUCAAGAGACUCAAAACGGAUACGGCCUCUACGGCCAUGAGUCCGGCCAGCUGCCUCCUGCCACCUACGCCACCGAGACAGAGAAGCAGCACACUACAAACUACCCCGAAAGGUACAACACCCACUACAAUCCCAACAAAAACAACUAUUACAAUGGGAACAACUUUGAGGCCAACCCUAAUGGCCUCAGUGACACGAGGUUCGCUCAAGGCAGCUACACCACCACCUCUGCCACCCCUAACAACGACCAGAACAACAACAACUUUGAGGCCAACCCUAAUGGCCUCAGCGACACGAGGUUCGGUCAGAGCAGCUACACCACCACCACCGCCACCCCGAACGGCUACCAGAACAACAACUACUACAAUUUUGAGAAGCAGGGGAUGAGUGACACUAGGUUUUUGGAGAACGGCAAGUAUUACUACGACGCGAGAAGCGAGAACAACUACAACCAGAACCAGUAUGGAAACUCUAGGGUUGUGGACUCGAAAAACUGGUACAAUAACAGGCGUAAUUACGGCAACGGAAAUGCGAAUCAGAACACCUAUAACUCCAUGGAAGAGUACCAGACUGAGGAGGAGCAACAGAGCGAAGAUCAGUUCGUGCCAUGA